CUCUCCCUCUCUCUCUCUCCCUCUCUCUCUAUCUCUCUGGAUGGAGAUGGAGCUAGCCUAGCACUCAGCUCAGCGAGCCUCACUUUCUCUCUCCUCGGAGCCUUUGCUUGUUUAUUUAUUCCUUCUCCCCGACCGGCGCUCACUCAUCAACCAUCCAUCCCAUCUCCCCCCAUCCAUCAAUCCGCUUGGGCUUCUCCUUCUCUCUCUCUUCAGGUCCAAGUCCUAGGAAUAACACAGCUCAACAACUCGCACCACCACUACCGCUAGCUGCGCAGUAGCUACCAGCAGCUGCGUGCUCAGUGCUGUGGCUUGGGCGCUUGGCUUGGCCGGCUCAGUGCGCCGCCUCUUCGAUCUGCCACUCGAGGAGGCGUGAGGGCAUCGCAAGAACGAAGCGGCAGCCGGCGCGCACGCGAUCGAUCGAGCACGCAUGUUCCCGGCGGCCGAGGUGUCGGCGCUCGCCGGCGCGGCGGGGCGGCAGGGUGAGGGCGGCGUCGUGCCGAUGGCGAUGCUGCCGCCCUUCUUCAUGGACUCCAUCUGGCCGGCGGCGGCGGGCGGGGCGGGCGCUACCGGCGCCACCGACUCCGAGGAGGACGAGGCGGCGGCGGCGGCGGCCGCCGCCGCCGCCCACGACCGCGCGCUCGCGGCGUCGCGCAACCACCGCGAGGCCGAGAAGCGCCGGCGCGAGCGGAUCAAGUCGCACCUCGACCGCCUCCGCAGCGUCCUCUCCUGCGACCCCAAGAUAGACAAGGCGUCGCUGCUCGCGAAGGCGGUGGAAAGGGUGCGUGACCUGAAGCAGCGGGUGGCCGGCGUCGGGGAGGCGGCGCCGGCGCACCUGUUCCCGACGGAGCACGAUGAGAUCGUGGUGCUCGCGUCGGGCGGCGCCGUGUUCGAGGCCUCCGUCUGCUGCGACGACCGCUCCGACCUCCUCCCGGAGCUCAUCGAGACGCUGCGCGCGCUCCGCCUCCGCACGCUCCGCGCCGAGAUGGCCACCCUCGGCGGCCGCGUCCGCAACGUGCUCGUCCUGGCGCGCGACGUCGAUGGCAGCGGUGUUACCGGAGACGAUGACGGUUACGGCGGCCGUACUGACUCGGCUGGCUCCGUCGAGGGCAACGCCGGCGGCGGCGGCGACUUCCUGAAGGAGGCCCUGAGGGCUCUGGUGGAGAGGCCGGGAGCUGGAGGCGGCGACCGACCAAAGAGGCGACGUGUCUCGGGCACGAACAUGCAAGCGGCGGCGUAGCACGCCGCCGGCCGGCCGGCCGGCUGAUGAUCAUCGGCCACCGUAGCCCGAUCAAAUAGCUAAUUGCAUGCUCAUGUCAUGGUACUCUAGCACCAUAUCUCCAUGUUUAGUUUUGUGUGCUGAUAUAAUGAGUUGCUAGAUCUCUUCUUCUCCUCAUGCAUGGCUCUCUUCUUCUUGAUGAGAUGCCAUUAGGAAGAAAAAGUAUACUAGUAUGGUGGUACUGCUAGGGUUUGCUUGAGCUUGAAUCAAUGUUGUUCCAAAGCCAUGGCAAAUCCCCAGCCCUAGAAUAACAACAAGAGUCAGGCAGCACAAUGCAAAGCUGCAGGACUUGUUACCCAACUAGUUAUUAAGCACAAUAUAUAUAUUUCAGUAUUGGAAGCUUAAUAUAUAAGAUCACAAGCUCUUUUAUUUUUUCCCCAUUA